AUGGAGGCAUCUGCGCCUCCAUCGGCAGGCGAAGCCAGUGAGCUCCGAUCCUCUGAACACGAAUCGCCUUGCACUUUUUCGCCGGAAGAUGCAACGAAGUCUCCGGAGAGUUCUUCAUGGGGUGAGGUUUCAGGGGGGGAGGACUGUGGAGACGCUGGCGAUGGACCUUCCUGCCUGGCGUUUCCGGGUCUCACAAAGGGACGAUCCGCUUCAUGGGAUUUUGAAGCCCAAGGCGGUUCUCCUCCGACUCUAUUAGGUGUCCGAGAUAUUCACCGUCUCGCGGGAGCGGCUCGUCUCCACCUUUCGCUGAUAAAAAAGACAGGAGAAGCGGAGGGAGGGGACUGGCCAGCGUCAGCCAAGCCGGGCGCUUGGGCCCUCCAUAAAAUUCAUUCUACGGCAUCCGCCGACGGCCGGCGAGCACCACCGGGGACGGCCGAGGCUUCAGCUCAGCUUUUUGUAGAUCUCCUGCAGACACUCGAGGCAGCCGGCGAAACGAUGCGCAAGAUGGAAGAACAGGUUGCCCACCACGGUAGACGCGCCGAGCAAUUAAAUGCGAGGCUGGAGAGGGCGGUUGCCCACAAUGAUAGCAUGUAUGCGGAAUCCGAACAACUAGAACGGCGCCUACGAGAGGCGAAAGCAGAGGUGGAGGCUCUCCGAAGUCGAUGUGCACGUCUAGAAUCGAAGCCUGACUAUCGUGAGCGCUAUGUGGCAAGUGAACGAGGCCGAGCGGAUCUGGAGCGUCAAGUGAAGAGCCUGCAGGCUCAGGUGGAUGCGUUUCGCGCGGGCACUCAAAAGGAACAACGUCACAGAGAAGAAAUGGAGGAGGAGGUCUCGGGAAUAAAGAAACGCCUGGAGGAAAGGGAAGAGCAACUUCUGCUGACGAGACGGAGUCUGCGGUCUGCAGUUGAGCAGAGCAGUCAGCUGACAGACGACCUCGUGCCUCCCCAGAGCUCCGGACGCCGGAGGCGCCGCUCGUACUUUAUCAGCGGGAAUCAGCUCCAUCUCGGUCCUGCGCCGUGCACAGCGUCUCCGCGCCAGCUUUUCGGGACGCCAAGGUCAGAGGCUUUCCUUUCUCCUCGACUCUCUGGCUCCACUUGCGAGGAUGCGCGCCGUCUGAAGUUUGGGUGCUUCGCAGUUCCCCCGCUGAACAUGGAAGGCCUCUCCAAAUCUGCGUCAGUUGUGGCGGAUCAAUCGCAGACAGCCACCAAUCGUCGCAACUCGUCGGCGCGUUGGGGCGAAACGGGAGAACGAGGGCAAGGCGAAUGCCUGGGCGAGGGGCCAGAGGCGCGGAGAGGGGACGAGGUGCGGGGACUAGUCGGGAAGGAGGUUGCCGGUCUGAAUUUGGCAUCUCUUGAUUCCUUUUCCACGGCCCCGCCAACCGGUCGGGAGGCAGCGGUGAGCUCUGACCGAGUGCCCAGCGGUCGCGCCGGAAUCUGCGGAGGCUGGACCACAGCUGGCGGCGAACGGAAAGAAAAGGAAGCCGGGAGCGCAGAGGUUUGGCGACACUGCGGACGGGGAGAGAACGAUCAGACGAGCAGGGAGGGUGCGAGUGCGCGUCGAGACGAUGCGGUCAGAGAGCAAAGCUCCCGGGCGUCACUGUGUGAGGCGGGCAAAAUAGAGCGAGAAGCUGAUCCGAUGGAGAGACACGCAACCUCUUUGUCCUUCUCGUUGCUUGAGGACGGCGCCGAGAAUAGAGGAACCGACUGGGAAGACAGCACGUUUCUGGGGAGAGCUCCGCGUGUGAGGGGAGCGGGAUGCAUGUGCUGGACCACCGAGACACGAGGCCGAAAUGAAACAGGAGGAAGACAGCCGUCGCAGGCGUCCUCACCUACUGCUGCGACUCUCGCGAAUACGCGUUCCGGCUCACAAUGCUGUUCACGCCCCGUCUCUUCGUUUCCUUCUGCUCGUGUCCGGAGAUGCCCGACACUGGCCAAUAGCGACUCUACAGCUGUCAACACCCGCACCGAGUCAACCUGGCGGCGCCUCGCUAAGCAUUCGUCGCUCCAGGCGUCAGACCCCCCCUUUGCGCUUUCGUCGCCUCCCUACCGAGUCGCGACCGCGGAACCGUGUCUCUCUUUCUCGUCUUCGUCAGUCGCCUCGUUUUCGGCGAUGGAAGGUACCGAAGAAGGAAAAGCGAGGAGAGUCGGCGACGCGUCGGUUCGGCGCGUCACGAGUUUGUGUUUGGAAGGGAGAGCAGCCGUGAAGGGUGGGCGUAUGGGAGUUGCAGGCCUGAAUCACGGGGCGUCUUUUCCUUCGAAGUUUUCUUCCCGGUUUAGCGCAGAUGGGAACACCGAGCAACGUGCACGGCAGCCCGGACUGUCCAUGUUUGAGGAACUGCUCCAAAUGGGUCAGGCGUUGACUGAGGAAGAAGAGAGAAUGAAGCGAACCCUCGACGGUCUUCUCGCAGCCGUCGCGGCGUCGUCGGUUCCAUUUGAAGACUUGGCCGCUAAAGAUUUAUCGAAAGAGUGUCUUUUGAAAAUUCGUAAAUUGAGACAAAAUGGCCCGAAGAACGCACAAACGUCUCGCGUUUCCGGCGGAUUUUUCUCCCCUGUUCUCUAUCCUCUCCUGUCGUCGCUUUUCAAUGCCCAGCGACUGCGGGGGAGCGACGCUCCUCCUCACCGCCCUCUCCUCGCUAGGGUGAAGGCCCUCCCUCGCUCCGUUUUGCAGUUUCUCCUUGGGACUGUUUGCCGAGAAACCGUCGAUGCAGAGAAACAAAAUGGCGAGAUCGCGAACGGCUCAGAAGGAAGAGCUGCCCCCAAGACUCUCACAGACACCUCGUCGGAAACAAACGCGGCGGACGCCGCUUCCUUUCUUUCGGCUUUUUCUCUUCCAGCUUUUUCCCCUGCGCCUCGGCCGCCUUCUUCAUCUCCCGGGAUCUGGCAUGCAGUGAAGGCGCUGCUGGGUCAAGCGCACCCGAGCGGCGCUGGUGCUGUUCCGGAAGGAGAUGUGACGAACGCGCGAGGCCCCGAGGCUGCGGGUGAAUCUCACGAAAGGCGUGCUGGCCAGAACCCGACGACUCGAGACGCAUCGGACCCGACUUCGGCUUCACAGAGACCGCGGCAAGACGGAGAAGGAACCGAACAAGUCGAUUCAGACCAUCGACAAGCGUUACCAGUGGACGAAGACCAUCUGCCGCCAUCUGGACCGGCGAAAAUGGCCGGCCUGGCUGUGCUGGCGGCGGUCCUCUUUUCAGCUUUUGUCGCUGCUGUCGUUCUGCCCCCGUCGCCUCUGUCGCGGUCUGGCCUAUCUUGA